AUGACAGAGCGGGGAGGGAAAUGGGCUUGUGAGUAUUGCACCUACGAGAACUGGCCCUCUGCCAUCAAGUGCACCAUGUGUCGUGCCCAGAGGCCCAGCGGGACCAUCAUCACCGAGGAGCCCUUCAAGAGCGGCUCCGGCGACAUCGGCAGAGACUGGGACCCUGCGAGCACCGAAGGAGGGAGCAGUCCUUUGAUCUGUCCAGAUUCCAGUGCGAGACCAAGGGUGAAGUCCUCUUACAGUAUGGAAAGUGCAAAUAAAUGGUCGUGCCACAUGUGCACGUACUUGAACUGGCCCCGGGCCAUCCGGUGUACGCAGUGCUUGUCCCAGCGCAGGACCAGGAGUCCCACGGAGUCUCCUCAGUCUUCAGGGUCUGGGUCGAGACCGGUCCCUUUUUCUGUUGAUCCGUGUGAGGAGUAUAAUGACAGAAACAAACUGAACACGAGGGCUCAGCACUGGACUUGUUCCGUUUGUACGUACGAAAACUGGGCGAAGGCCAGGAAAUGUGUCGUGUGUGAUCAUCCCAGACCUAACAACAUAGAAGCAAUAGAACUGGCAGACACGGAGGAGGCUUCUUCCAUCAUAAACGAGCAAGACAGAGCUCGAUGGAGGGGGAGCUGUAGUGGUGGUAAUAGCCAAAGAAGAUCUCCACCUACAACCAAACGGGAAUCCGAUGUGAAAAUGGACUUCCAAAGAAUUGAACUGGCUGGAGCUGUUGGCAGCAAGGAAGAACUUGAAGUUGACUUCAAAAAGCUAAAGCAGAUAAAAAAUAGAAUGAAAAAGACAGACUGGCUGUUCCUAAACGCUUGCGUUG